AUGAACCGGGAUUUUUGGAGAAGACAUAAAAGAAAGGUCUAUGUUUCUCUUGGGCUUUGUGGAGGUGGGUACCUAUUAUACAAGUUUUAUGAUGCUUAUUCAAAGAGGAUUUCUGAACUCGAGAGACAACUUGCUGAUGAGCAAGAGAAUGAUGAGCUUCUUAAGGCCCAGAUGCAAAUGCACUUUGAGAACAUCCAAAGAAUAGCUAAUACGAUGACAUUGCCACAUGCCAUGCUUUAUUUGAGUAGCCGGGUUUCAGAAGAGUUGGAUGUUUUGCAUCUUACAGAGAGGUUGAUAAAAGGAAAAGGUCAGCCCAACAGUUUGACACCUUCAGAAAAACUUGAGCUUUGGGAUAGGCUUAAAAUAUUAAGUUUCACCAGGAUGGUGUUGUCUAUCUGGGCGAUGACUGCAAUUAGCUUAUACAUUAGAAUUCAGGUCAACAUCUUAGGGAGACAUCUAUACAUAGAUACUGCACAAGACCUUGGUGGAUUUCAAACUGAGGAUGGCGAACUGAUGGAUAGAAGCGACGAACAACUGUUUUUGGCAAGUGCUGAUUUUCUUUCAAGUCAGAGAAUUCCCACACUCAUAUCUAAUAUGCAAGCUGCCACAACUGAAGUUCUCAGAGGAAAGCAGUUGAGGGAUAUCUUCAAUUCUAGUGUACUUGAUGAAACAAUUAUGCAUAUAUUGAACAUGUUCAUGAGCAAUGGGAGACCUCAUCACUGGGUGGAUUAUUUGAUGCCCGAGGCAGUCAGUCACGUCACUAAACUAGAUCAACUAAUGGGGGAGACACGAACAGUUUUAUCAAGUUCUGAAUUUGGGAAUAUUCUAGAGAUGUCGCUGAAAAAAGUGGUGGAGGGAUUGAUGGAGGACAUGAAGUUACAGUUUGGUGUUGGUGGUGAUGGGAGUUUGGGUGUACCGCUUGCCAAACUUAUUCCAUGCGUUGCACAGAUUAGUCCGCUGCUGCUGGAGGAACCCAGCCGGAAUAAGUUUACUCAUAUCAUUCAAAACAUUCCCCAAGUUGAACUUUUCUUCACUCUGCUCUACACAAACAUUCAGUUCAUGUUGGAGGAGGCAAUUAUCGAUCACCUAUAA